AAACUUUUCUCUCUCUCCCUGUCUCUCUCUCACACGCUCCUUUUGAUUCGUUGCUUUCACCACCAACUUACCAUCGGAAAUUUCCAUUCACAACCUCCCAAAAGAAAAAAAAUAUAAUUCUCCCUUUUACUUUCUUACUCUCUUUUCUCCGCAACUUUCUCAGCACUCUACACUCCCAUUUCAGCUUCCAUGACUGAAGCACACAAACACGGCAAUCUAAAGCUUCAACUUCAACCCUUUUCACCCACGCAAUAACAAGAAACACCAUAGUUCUCAGUAAAAACCACCUGAAAAAAAAAUUCACUCUUUCUAGGGUUUUGCAUUGAAAUCCAAAUCCCACUACUCAAAAUUCAAAAUCCCCUCAACCUUCUCUCUAGAAAAAGAUACUCUUUUCUUUUUCUUUUUUUCUUUUAUUCUGUGUGGGAAGUGUUUAAAUUUUGAAUUUUGGUAUUGGGCAUUUACCUGAGAGCUUCCUCAGAAGGUUCUAGGGUGCAGGGUUAACAAUGUUGGGCCCACCCAGAGUCCGAUCCAUGAACGUGGCCGCCGGCGACGCUGAGGCGCGGCCGGUACUCGUUCCCGCCGGCAACAAAGCUCGCCCCGUCGAGGGACGGAAGCCGGCUAAGAAAUCUCCGCCGCCGGAGACGGAGAAGAAGCCGGUGGCGCAUUCCGCGCCGCAAUGCGUCUCUGCACCGCCGGCGAUUUCGCGGCGGCGGGAUCAGCAGCACCAGGCUGUGCUGAAAAACGUGUCGAUGAACGCCUCGUGCUCCUCCGACGCGUCGUCGACGGAUUCCUCCACCCACAGCAGCGGCGCGUCGUCGAGCGGGAAGGCGGCGCGGCGCGUCGUUGUGGCGGCGAGGAAGAAGUAUGGCGGUGGUCCGAAGCCGGAGAAGGUGAGUGGUGACAAUGUGGGUGGUUCUGAUGAUGUUGAUUUGAGUGAUAGCUUGGAGGGCAAGAAAAGGUGUGCUUGGGUUACACCUAAUACAGAGCCAUGUUAUAUUGCUUUUCAUGACGAAGAGUGGGGAGUUUCUGUUCAUGAUGACAGGAAACUGUUUGAGUUGCUUAGCUUCUCUGGAGCCUUGGCUGAGCUUACGUGGCCUACUAUUCUUAGCAAAAGGCAGUUAUUUCGGGAAGUCUUUUUGGAUUUUGAUCCAAGUGCUGUUUCACGAAUGAAUGAGAAAAAGAUAGUUGGACCAGGAAGUCCUGCCAACACAUUGCUAUCAGAGCUCAGGUUGCGAUCCAUAAUUGAAAAUGCACGACAGAUGUGUAAGGUAAUUGAAGAGUUUGGGUCCUUUGACGCAUAUAUUUGGAACUUUGUGAACAAUAAGCCUAUAGUGAGCCAGUUCAGGUACCCUCGCCAGGUACCUGUCAAAUCUCCAAAAGCAGAAGUUAUAAGUAAAGACCUUGUAAGGAGAGGAUUCAGGAGUGUUGGUCCAACAGUCAUCUAUACUUUCAUGCAAGUGGCUGGCCUAACAUUUGACCACCUCAUUAGUUGCUUCAGAUUCAAGGAGUGUACCUCCAAUGCAGAAGCAAUGGUCAAAGAGAGCACCCUCAACUCGAAGGAGGUGGAUCUGUUGCUGGCUGUGAACAAAUUGAGCUUCACCUCUAAGUAGUACUAAGAUGGUUUUGGUUUAAAUGGUCAUAUUGUUCAUCAUGUAGUUGUAAGGGAGAUGAGUAGAUUAUGGAGUGUACAAAAUCAAUACAGAUAUGAAUGAAAUAGCCAUCUGGCAGUUGUAUUUGAAAAGCAAAAUGAAUGACCCUUGGCAAUUCUUCAAGCUCUCUUGUAUUAAUGAUAUACUAAUUAGCCAAA